UUCAAUUUUAGGUGCUCGAGUUUUAUCUUAUCUCUUAAUAUGGCAAAAUUCGUUCACUUUUGUUUAAAUUUGUGAUAAGAUAUGAUAGUAACCCUAUCCGCUUAUUAUUUUGUUAACGCCGGUCUUAUUUAGUUGCCGCAUUGCGAUUUGUCAUUUCAUUGCGAAAGGUUUGGGUUUUCCAGAAUGAACGCAGUUGUCAUUUUCUUAAUAUUUCUGGCGUGUUGCUUUGGAGCGAAUAUUCCUAUAAAUCCGUGCCUGAUGGAAAGAAAGUGCGAUAAGGUGGAUGAGACAAGUGCCAUUUGCGGAUUAGAUGAUGAAAGGGGUUGUAUUCGAAAGUUUCCAUCAAAGUGUUUUUUGGAUAUGGCAUUUUGUAUUGAGGGAAAAAAUUUCACCGACUUUAGUGAGGAAUAUUGCUCAAUGGAAUCGUAUCUCUGUGAAAUUUCGCCCACAUACGAACGCUGGACCAUUUUCUUUGGGCAUGAGAAUUAGUUAUAAUUCUAUUUUCUAUUUCCACACUAUAAUUAAAGUGUGAAAAGCGCUGCAUUACUACGCUUAUAUGAUUAGAUCGUGAAAUACUAGUGUAAAACUAUUUCCAAUAUUAAAUUAUUUUGUUGUUCCAA